ACUAGGGUUUACACUCUUCUCCGAUCCGAAUCAAAGAAGCACUCUCCUCCGCCGCGGACCGAGGUGGAGCAGGGGCGGAGAUACCCUCCUCUCCUCUCCUCUCCUCUCCCACGGUCUCCAUUCCCCAUCGCCGCUGUUCCUAUCUCCCGGCCGUGCUCAAGCUGAAUUUGCUCGAUGGAGGACCUACCGGAGGCUCUGGUGACAGAGAUUCUCAAGAGGAUCACCAGCACAAGUGAUCUGAAUUCUCUUUCCCUUGUGUCAAAGCAGCUCUACAAGAUAGAGGGGAAUCAGAGAGGUGCUAUCCAUGUUGGUUCUGGUCUUUGCACUGCUACGAAAGCACUGACAUCAUUGUGCGCCCGGUUCCCAAAUUUGCGGAAAGUGGAAAUUGAUUACUCUGGUUUUAUACCUGGACAUGGAAAGCAGUUGGACAACAAAGGCCUUUUUGUGUUUUCGUCUCACUGUUCCUCGCUGACUGACGUCACCUUAAGCUUCUGCUCAUGCAUCGAUGACUCUGGGCUUCGUUGUUUAGCUUGUUGCAAGACAUUGGUGUCUCUCAGGCUGAACUCUGCACCAAAAAUAACGUCAAUUGGGCUUUUCUCGGUUGCAGUUGGUUGCACAAGUCUAUCUGCCCUCCACCUUAUUGAUUGCGAGAAAAUUGACAGUGUAGAGUGGCUGGAAUACCUUGGUAGGGAUGGAUCAUUGAAAGAGCUUGUAGUGAAGAAUUGCAAAGGAAUCAAUCAUCAUGACUUCCUAAAGUUUGGUUCAGGAUGGAUGAAGCUCCAGAAGUUUGAGUUCGAGAGGAAAAGAGGAAUAGAUGAUCGUCUUCUAGGUGAUAUGGUCUAUGACUCCUCGUACAAUGCUCACAGCACGGAUAUAUAUGAUUUCUGUUGUGAGAGUUUGAAGGAUUUGAGGUUGGCGCAUAUUAAAACUUGGCCAGAAGUAGGACUUCGUGUUGUUCUAGGGAAGUGUAAAGCAUUGGAGAAGCUUUGCCUUGAGUAUGUUCAUGCCCUAAAUGACAAUGACAUGAUUGCAUUAUCUCGGAGCUGCAGCAACCUUAAAAGCAUCUUACUUUGGCUCAACCUGCAGCGCUACUCUAGUGAUGUCAGCUAUUGUGAAACCAGGACGUCAUUUACUGAUAACAGCCUUUAUGCUAUAGCCCUCAACUGUCCUAUGCUUCAGAUUGUAGACCUCAGAUUUACACGAUGUGCCCGUGACUGGCCAUCAGAAAUAGGAUUCACACAGAAGGGUUUUCUGACACUCAUUCAGUCCUGCCCAAUUCGUGUUCUCGUGCUAAACAACGCCAACUUCUUUGAUGACGAGGGGAUGAAGGCUGUCUCAUCCUCACCACAUCUGGAGACACUCGAGCUUAUAUUGUGUCAUGCGGUAACUGAUGCUGGGAUGCGCUUGAUUGCACACACCCCAUGCUUGAGUAAUCUCAUACUUCGGGCGUGUCAUAACAUUACUGAUGUUGGAAUGGCUGAACUGGGACGUGCACAUAAGUUAGAGUCUUUGGUCAUUGAGUAUUGUGGUGAGAUCUCUCUGCAAGCUGCGCAAGGUGUAAUCAUGUCAGUUCACUACUCCAGCAAGUUUUCAGAUGCCCUGAAGAAGAAACUUGGAUUUUUGGGCAAGUGUUGAUGAAGUGGUCGCCAAAAUUUUCAGUAUAAAAUUGCUAGUGAAGUCAUUAAGUUUUUGACUGUGCACCAUUGGACAAGGCUGUGCAUCAUCCGACCCAGACUCUCUUCUCUGAACUUUUUGUUGCCUUCUACCUCUACUGCAAUGGUUUUCGUUUAUAACAGUCUAAUGAUGAAUUCUGGACAGCAACUGCAACCGUAAUUCUGGUUGCUUGAUUUCUACUCUCUGUAGCCGUUUCGAAACCGGCAUAAGUAGGCCCCAAGAGUCCCUGUUUUUACUGUGGAGGCACUAUAUGUCCGUUUGGUGUUAUUUCAGCAAAUGUCAUGAACCCUUUUUUUAAUCACGGAAGUGAUCUUGAAGACAUAUGUCUGCCUGCUAUGUUCGUGUGGCAAUUUUGGUACGGAUCAAUGUAGUAAUAAUAGUCCAAGUUUCGAUGGACAUGUACAAAGGCGGCAUGCUUGUUUUGUUGAUAUCAACUCUAUUGGUGGAUUUCUGUGUC